CAGAUGCCAAGAAUAGCCAGGUUGACGUCAAAGAGGUUCAGCCACAAAUUGAAAGUGACGGAAAUUGGCGCGAAAGUGGUUCGUCGAAGAGCGGCACACACCCAAUGGCCCAGGUUGCUGUGAAAGAGGUUAGAUAGAAGCAAACAUACAUACUGCAAACUGGGUGACGUUCCCAAAGAACGCUAAAUGCAUUAAAACGCCUAUCAUACGUUUCGAGGAUCCUCCAACCUCGGGUAAACGGGCCUCAUAUUUAGUUUUGGUUGGUUUCUCAACUAAUGACGCAUACGCGUCACUAUGGCGCAUUUGCCAAGAGUCUGAUGGAAUGAGAAAAAUGCAUAUCGUUCUGACUACAAGGCAGGAAAACAUUUGAGGAUGAAUUAAGAAAUUUGAAAAUAACAUAAUGUACUAAAGUUUAGCUAGAAAAGCGCCUGUAGAAAUAUUGAAAUGGCUAGCGCCUCUGUGACAAUGUGCAAUGACCCAACACUUGUGCUUCCAAGUAAUGGCGCUUAGCCACUACGGGGGAUUGGCCGAGAUAAAUGUGAUCUUAAGACGCUUACGUAAAAACAGAAACACAUAUACCUGCUCACAAAACACUUCACCCGCUUCAUUCCCUGUUGACAAUAUAUAAAAUGGGCACCGAACUGCACCAGUAAAUACUUUUGAAUAAAAACAAUCGGAUUGAGUUGCGCCAUUUUACUGAGAAGAUUUUUAUCAUCUUAGUCGUCUCGGAAAGCGCGAGGCCCACCACUUAAGGCACGGUUGUGUCAUUAGACGACGAAGCCGACGAGGUGCCGCUGGUCGCAAGCAACAGCAUGAUUUUGGACUGGCCGCCGGACCUGAGUUGGUUGAGAGGAUACCGAACCACGCCAGAGAAAGUGAGCGCGGCACGGCCACGCCGACAGUCUUGACGCCACCAUGUCGGUGGUCAUCACUGAACAACCCAUAACUCCCUCGGCACCUUCAGUAUGUCCACCUGGUCUUGAAUACUUAACAACCGUUGACCAGCUAAUAAUUCAACAACAAAGCGACAUCUUCCAAAAUUUCACCGGGUACGAGAAAUGCAACAAGUACGUGGCCAAGAACGUGCUGGGACAGUUCGUGUACCUGUUUACCGAAGACAGCGGGUGCUGCAAACGAUGGUUAUGUUGCACGCGGCGCUGCUUUGAGAUGAGAGUGAUGGACUACCGCAACGUCGAGGUGAUGCGCUUUCUUCGACCGCUGAGGAGCGACUGCUGCUGCUGCUUCUGCUGCUUACAGUACAUCGAGGUGCAGGCACCGCCCACGGUCACCAUAGCGUACCUCUACCAGGACUGGUCGCCCUUUUUCCCCUCGUACACGGUCUACGAUCGCCAGUGCAAUCCUAUGAUCUCCGUCUCAGGCCCGUUCUGCACGCAGACGUUCUUCUACUGCUUGGAGGCCAAGUUCGAGCUGGUGUCGAAAGCUUCCUCUGUGGCUCCUUGA